AUGAGGAGCAAAUCAGUGAUAGAUAACAGGGGAAUGGUUAGAGAGAACCGAGAGAGAACGAUCAGUGAUAGGCGAGAGAGAACGAACAGUGAGACGAGAAAAGCCAGGGGAAUGAGGGGAAUGGGGGGAUUUCAGAAACUGAAUGAGGGGAAUCAGAGGGGAGUGAGAGGGGAAUUUGAGAAACCGAUUGAGAGGGGUGUGGGAGCAAUUGAUGGUACCCAUGUUCCUGCAAAUGUUCCUGUUGAGAUUCAAGGAAAGUUUCGAGGACGAAAAGAAGGAACAACACAAAAUGUUUUAGCAGCUAUAACUUUUGAUUUGAAGUUUAUAUAUGUUUUAGCUGGUUGGGAAGGAAGUGCCCAUGAUUCACGGGUUUUAGGUGAUGCAUUAUCAAGAUCUAAUGGUCUAAAAAUUCCAGAAGGGAAAUAUUAUCUUGGUGAUGCUGGUUACGGUAUUCGAAAAGGAAUCAUUUUUCCUUUUCAUGGAGUUCGAUAUCACUUGAAUGAGUUUACAGAACGUUCACCAGAAAAUGAAAAGGAGCUAUUUAAUCUUCGACACUCUUCAUUGAGAACUGCUAUUGAGCGAGGGUUUGGUAUUUUGAAGAGUCGUUUUAGAUCAAUUGAUGGAAAAUCUUUUUGGUCUUAUGAAACACAAGUAGAUGUUGUGCUUGCAUGUUGUAUUAUUCAUAAUCACAUAAUGGGGGUUGAUCCUUAUGACUUUCUUAUGGAAGAAAUAUGUUCGGAUAGUGAACCAAUUAGACGAACAAUCAACUUAAGUCAACGGGAGGAAAGGGAAGAGAAUAGGGAGUGGAUAACAAAAAGAGAAAUGAUUGCCUCAACUAUGUUGAAUGAUUAUAACACUCAAAGAAACAAGUAA